AUGAAUAUUGACCAAGCAGAAAAAAAAAAUGAUGAGAACCCUACACCUGCUAAUCUUCACCGUCUUUGCUCCGCUCAGAACACCAAGUUAAUGUUGGAGGUGCAGGAGAGGAAUAUAGUGAUGCUGCAAAUGCUUAGAACAAUUUAUGCUGCGCAAGAUGCUGCAAAUGCUGAGGACGAAAAUGGUGAUGCAAAUGGUGAAGAAGCUCAGGGUGGGCAGACAAAUCCUGGAAAUGUGGAUGAGACUGGAGAUGAAAACAACAAGGAUGAUGAGGAUUCUGAGAAAGAUGAUGAUGAUUCUGAGGGAGAAGAUGUUGAGGAAUAUUCUGAGACAGAUGAGGAUGAUGAUUGUGGUGGAGCAGAUGCUAAGGAUUCUGAGAAAGAUGAUGAUGAUGAUUCGGAGACAAAUGAGGAUGAUGAUUCUGAGACAGACGAGGAUGAUGAUUCUGAGGGAGCGAAGGCUAAGGAUUCUAAGGCUGAGGAUUCUGAGGGAGUGGAUACUAAGGAUUCAGAGGAUGAAGAUGAUUGA